AAAGUUAUCAUUUCUCCGUAUAGUAUUCAAUUAGAAAUCGUGGCCUUUGUUUUGUAAUUGAGAUAUAAUAAAAGAGGAAACCGUUUAUUAGUAAAGUGGUGUGGUACCAUACAGUAAAGUCAUACGGUUGAACGAUUACAAUCGUUAGUUUAUCGUUAAAGUGAUAUUUGUAGUGUUUUCGUCAACAGUUUUAAAGAAAUAUUUAUUACAACAAAACUUCGUAAAAUUUUGAAAAGUAAUUUUAAAUUGUAACGAGGAUGAAUAAAACAACGGAAUCGGUUAGGAAAGAUUUAGAAGGUGGUGAUGUUGGUGAGGAUAUUACUGGUUCUGAUGGAAAUGUAGCUUCUGAGAUAUUGAAAAAACUAGAUGCGAACAGUUACGCUACUAAGAAGACCAUAGCCCAAGGACUUCUCGAUGUAGCCCUAUUAACGGCAAACGCAUCCCAAUUGAAAUACAUCCUUCAAGUUGGAGAACAACAUGAGUUUUAUCACUUGAUGUUGGGAUUGAUCAUAACGUCUAUAAUACUGCAGAUAAUUCAAGCCAUUGUGUGCGUUUUCGUCGGAAGUUCAAUUAACAUAAACAAAGCGGAGGAACAAGAUAAUGCGAACUUAGCAAACAAUUCGAUUUUGGCUCUGAAUAUUCUCCUGGUGAUUGUGAACGUGUUGAUAGCAGGGUUUGAAAUGAAAGAGGACUAUGGACAUCUCGUGGAUACGACUGCAGCAACUACAGCUACCACAAUAACACCUCUUAAAUUUUCAAUGCCUCACUAGUAGCUAGAAAAAAGCUUAAUCAAUUAAGAUAUCUCAUUUUUUUUUACUUUAUAUUUUCUUAGCUAUUAAAUAAUUUAACUUAAACAUUAAUAACUAAAAUUAAUCCAUUAUUGUAUUCAUACAAAUAUUUAUACCAAAAUUUAUAAUAAAAUUUAGAUGUAAA